AGCUCCCCCAGGAUAAGGAGAGAGAGAAAGAGAGAUACUCUCCAGUCUCCACCUCCGCAUCCCUUCUCUCUCUCUCUUUCCCUCUGCAACUACAGCAAACGGCAUCAAUGGGUUCUGUGGCGAACCCUAAUCCAUGGGCUCCGUACGACUCCUACAGAGACUGCUCCCAAGGUAUCUGCAACAUCUACUGUCCUCAAUGGUGUUACGUCAUCUUCCCUCCUCCUCCUCCGUCGUUUUUCCUCGACGACGACAGCAACGACUCCUCCUCUGAUUUCUCCCCUCUCCUCAUUGCCCUCAUCGGAGUCCUUGCCAGUGCCUUCAUUCUCGUCAGCUAUUACACUCUUGUCUCCAAGUUCUGCCACCGCCACCGCCAUGGAUCUUCAUCCCGCGAUCGGGAUAUCUCCUCCAACGCUGCUGCCGCCGCCGCCGACGACUUACAGGGGUAUGGCGAUUCGGCGGCGGCGGGGGAUGGCCUCGGCGAGGCUCUGAUUAAAUCGAUUAAGGUUUACAAGUACAAGAAGAGCGAUGGAUUCGUCGAUUGUUCGGAUUGUUCUGUUUGCCUGAGCGAAUUCCAAGAGAAUGAGAGUUUGCGGUUGCUGCCGAAAUGCAACCACGCCUUUCACGUUCCUUGUAUCGACACCUGGUUGAAAUCUCACUCCAACUGCCCUCUCUGCCGCGCCAAUCUCACCACCGGUAACGCCACUACCGCCGCCGCCGGUGUCGCAAUCGCCAACCACCCGACCGCCACGGAAUCCGUCAUCCGCGGCGGAGGAAGUGCCGAGAUCAGCUCUUCUACGAUCAAUCAUCAUCACCACAGUAGCGAUUCUGUGGUGGUUAUCGAAGAUCUGGAAUCCGGAGCUGGGAACGAGCGGAUUGUUAACAGUGAUAACAUCGGAUCGCCGCCGAAACCGCCAGAGAGGGAGCUGCGGGGUGGCGUUGGAACAGGAGUAGACGCAGAAACGCAACCGAUCCGGAGAUCCGUUUCACUCAACUCCGGCGGUGUGGUCUCGAUCGCCGAUAUACUGCGGGAGAUUGAGGAUGAGGAAGACGACGAAGAAUCCGGAGGCAUCGGAACUUCACGGCGGAGAGAGGAGGAGGAAGAAGACGGCGCCGGGAAGGCGGCGAAUCAGAGAAACGGAGUUCCGAAUUUUCUGGUGCGGAGUUCGAUGACGAUGAAGAGAUCCGUUUCUACGGGGAGAUUUACCCUCACGAGGUACGAUCGAUCAAGAAAUUACCGUUUACCCAAUUAAGCGGUAAAGUUAAAAUGGGAAAAAUAUUUUUUCCCAGUGAGAUGUAAAAAUAAAAAAUAAAAAAAAAAGAAGAAAAAUAAUUGGUUCGAUUUCGAUAUAUUCAUUUCCAAUUUCAUAUGAUAGGGUUAUUAUUUUUGUAAAAAAUGUUCAAACGGAUAUCAGUUGCAUGAAGUUCCAGAAAAUAAUUGUGACUAAUCAGAAAUUACGAGAUUUGUGUUA